AUGGCCCCGGCUCCUUUCUCUUGCACGGUGCAUCCUUUCGAUUCCCGAACCUCUCAUUCCAGCGCUUAUGAAAUCGGCCCAUCUGGAGCAUCAAAUGCCCUCCUCUUCAUUGGAGGUCUCGCCGAUGGACCUCAUACCGUUGGCUACACUAAGGCUAUAGCCAAGCAUCUUGAGACGGCGGCACGGGACUGGUCUGUGUUUGAGAUUCGGAUGAGGAGCUCCUUUUCUGGCUACGGCUUCUCAAGCUUGAAGAACGACGUUGAGGACAUCUCGGCUCUGGUGAGGUAUCUCCGAGGUAUCGGAAAGAAGAAGAUCGUCCUGAUGGGCCACUCAACUGGAUGUCAGGACUGUAUGGAGUACACAAAGCACAAGGAGGACCCUGUUGAUGGCUUCAUCAUGCAGGGCCCUGCAUCUGACAGGGAGUCUAUUGAGGACUUUGUCAAACCUGACUGGUUGAAGGAGAGCCUAGAGCACGCAGAGAAGCUGAUUUCCGAUGGAAAAGAGGGCGAAGCGAUGCCCAAAGAUCUGGUGCCAAGCUUCUUCUCAACACCCAUGACGGCCUACCGUUGGCAUUCUUUGGCAGCUAAGGGGGGCGAUGAUGAUUACUUUUCGUCCGACCUCGAAGCGUCGUUCGUCUCCGAGGUCUGGAAUCAUUUCCAGCAGCCCGUCAUGGUCCUACACUCUGCAGAAGAUGAGUUCGUGCCAGCCAAGAUCGACAAGCAAGCUCUGAUAGACUCGUGGAGGAAGACAAACUCCAAAGUCAACGAGCUAUCUGGCUUGAUUCCCGGAGCAAGCCACACUGUAAAGAACCCAGAAUCCCAGCAGUGGCUAGCAGAGCGUGUGGCUCAGUUCAUCCAGCAAGUAUGA